AUGGUUGGCUGGGCUGUUGGAAGAUUGGCGCUCGUAACAGGUGCCGGGUCAGGUAUUGGCAGGGCAGCUUGUCAAGUUUUAUCACGGGAGGGUGCAACAGUCAUAGCGGCUGAUAGGAAUUAUGAUGCUGCCUUGGAAACUAUUAAGACCCAUACUGCUCUGGCUUCGGGAUCUAAUGAUGUAGGUGAACAUUGUGCAAUAGAACUUGAUGUAGCAGACUCCAAAUCAGUUCAGAAUCUUGUACAAACAUUGUCGAAGCAAUACAGAGUUCCACCAAGAAUAAUUGUUAAUUCCGCUGGUAUAACUAGAGACAAUUGGAUGCUAAAGCUAUCUGAAGAGGACUAUGAAAGCGUGCUCAAUGUUAAUCUUAAGGGGACAUUUCUCAUCAUGCAAACUUUCGCGAAAGCUAUGGCUGAAGCUAAAGUGUCCGGUUCCAUUGUUAAUAUUUCAAGUAUAGUUGGAAAAUAUGGGAAUAUAGGUCAAACAAACUAUUCUGCUAGCAAAGCUGGUGUUGUAGCGAUGACUCAGACAGCUGCUAAAGAAUUAGGCAAAUUUAAUAUAAGAGUAAAUGUAGUUCUCCCUGGAUUUAUCGACACGCCAAUGGUCAAGACAGUGCCUGAUAAAGUAAAGGAAUCAUUACUCAAAAUGGUGCCUUUAGGUAGAUUAGGAACACCAAAUGAGGUGGCUGAAUUGAUCAUGUUCCUAGCUUCAGAUAAAUCUUCCUUCAUUAAUGGUGCUUCUAUAGAUGUGACUGGAGGUUACUGA